UCGUCAAGGGCGGCUGCUUUCCCCUGCUCCAAGAUUCAAACUUCGCAGCAUUAAACUAACCAUGGCGGCCAUUCUCGAGAAACCCAUCUCGCAUUUGUUUAAAUACGAGGGAUCCCGGCUCGACUGCAUUGUUCAAGACGAAGAGAAAACCAAAUCAUGGCUAAGUUGAAGCUCAUCGUCUCCACCGCGAGCCUGUUCUGCACGAGGAUCGAGUGGGCUCUGAAACUGAAGGGCCUCGAGUACGAGCUCAUCGUUGAAGACUUUAAGCAGGGGAAGAGCGAACUGCUUCUGAAGUCGAACCCCGUGCACAAGAAGGUCCCGGUGCUGUUGGACGAUGGAGUCGCGAUUGCAGAGUCGAAGGUGAUUCUGGAGUACAUCGAUGAGAAGUGGAAGGGAGGCGAUUUUUGCCCGUUGUUGCCUCAAGAACCUUAUGACAGAGCUCAAGCUCGUUUCUGGGCUCAGUUUGCUGAUGAAAAGUGUGUCUUCGGCGUUUGGGGAGCCUGUUGUGCCGAAGAUGGGCAAGAAAAGGAGAAAGCAGUGGAGACUGCAUUAGAGUCUUUUGCAUAUCUCGAGAAGCAGAUUGAGGGGAAGAAGUUCUUCGGGAGAGAAAUAGGCUAUUUGGAUCUUAUGGCCGGUUGGAUCCCGCAUUUCCUCGGCGUCUUGGAAGAAGCUGGAGGCAUGAAGAUAAUUGAUGCUGAGAGGUUCCCAUCCCUUCAUGAAUGGGCUCAAAACUUCAACGAAGUCCCGUUGAUUAAGGAAUGCCUUCCACCAAGAGAUAUGCUGCUUAACUAUAUAACUGCUAGCCUAAGCAAGCUGCGUUCCUUAGCAGCGAACAAGCCAUAAAAUACACCCUUCAUUUAGAUUGGUGGAGUUGGAGUUGGACAAGGCGAGAUGUUUUUCCCUCAAAAGUGUUUCUCGUGUAUUUUUGCUUUCUUAUCCUCUAUAAUACUUGUAACCUUCUAAUAUAGUGCAAUAAUAUGCUUAUUCUGUUUGUGACUUUAA